GCGGUCUCCAUGGUGACUGACCGACUGGCGGGCUGACCGUUGAGAGUCUGAGAGGAGACUAGUGCAGUGUACAGUAGUUAAGUUAGUUAGUUAGUUAGUGAGUGAUUACUCAUCAUGGCAAAAAGUGACGGUGGCUCGUAUUUCAGGAGAACCAGUCUGUUCUGGAUGGUGGUCGUGUCGAUUUAUAUUAUUCUUCACACGUGGACUGCGUUUUGGCCUCGGGACGUCCCGUAUGGCCUUCUGGGUCCUCUGGGCGCUCUGGCCAAGUAUUUCGUGGACUAUCAUUAUCCUGCGCUGUAUAACGGAUGGUUUCUGAUGUUUGCCAUCCAUGUGUGCGAGGCUCUGUUUGCGCUGAAGUUCUGCAGUGAUAAAGGCAUCGACAGCACGUCCACACGCUUGCUGUGGAUCGCUCAGACGUUCCUGUUUGGUCUCACGUCUCUGUGUCUUCUGAUCAAAUACAAGCCCGACGGCCGACCCAAACGCCAGUGACCGAAACCAGAGCUCGUUUCCCAGCAGCACACUGUUCUUUAUAUUCAGGUUAUGUUUGAAAUUCGUUUAUCUAAAACACUUGUUCCAUGAUUGUUUGAAAACUGUACAACAAAAUAUUCAGUGAGCCCACUAUAUAAGCUCUAAUAGUUCUUUAAAAAAAAAAAAAAUUGGUUCAUGAUUUUCUUUUAAACAGUUUUGAGUAAGACAUUGCUGUAAGAGUUGACCGUGUGGCUGGUCAUUUAAAAUAAAUGUAAAUA